UAUAACAGAGAAUAACAGCCAAUCACAGGAGGAGCAGCUGAUAUUUAGGAUGUGACAGGAGAAAUGAUGUAAAGGAUGAUCUGUGUUUCCUCUCCAGAUGAAGGUAGAAAGUGUGUGUGACUGAUGUGGAUUUGACUUCAGCAGCAUGGAUCAGAGUGAGGACAGAGAGGAGGGAGUCCCUCCCUCUAAAAGCUCUCGGUGUGGGGAACAUGACAGCCAGACCAAAGCUCAGAGAAGAACAAGGAGGAAGCACAGACCAGACUCUGCUGAACCUGGACCUGGACCUGAACCUGGACCUGGACCUGGACCUGGACCUGGACCCGAACCCAGCUGUAUAUCCUUCAAGAGCGACCGGUCAAAUGAUGAUUUUAUUGACUUUAAACAAAGACAUUCAUCUGAUCAACAGAUCCAUCAGAGACCAGAUUCUCCAGGACCUGAACCCAGCUGUGUGUCCUUCAAGAGCGACUGGUCAAAGGAUGCUGUUAUUGACUUUAAACAAAGACAUUCAUCUGAUAUAAUGAAGCACAGACCAGACUCUGCUGAACCUGAACCUGAACCUGAACCCAGCUGUGUGUCCCUCAAGAGCGACCGGUCAAAGGAUUUUUUUAUUGACUUUAAACAACAGCAUUCAUCUGAUCAAAUAGUGGACCAGGAGAGCUCAGAGGUUCCCAGUGGUCAGUCUGCCCAGCAGCAUCAAACACACCUGGACUCCAUAUUUAUGCUGCUGGAGGAGAACAUCGUCACUUUUGUGAAGAACGAGCUGAAGAUGAUGCAGAAGAGUCUGAAUCCAGAUUACCCAGAAUGCUCAGAGAGUCAGAGGGAGGAUGAGGAGGUGUUGGAUGGUGAGGAGGAAGAGCAGAGGAGGCGCAGCAGAGACGCAUUUCUGAAGAUCACACUGCACUUCCUGAGGAGAAUGAAGCAGGAGGAUCUGGCUGACUGUCUGCUGAGCAGAACUCCUGCAGGUUGUCGGUCUAAACUCAAGUCUAACCUGCAGAAGAAGUUCCAGUGUCUGUUUGAGGGGAUCGCUAAAGCAGGAAACCCAACCCUUCUGAAUCAGAUCUACACACCGCUCUACAUCACAGAGGGAGGGACUGCAGAGGUCAAUGAUGAACAUGAGAUCAGACAGAUUGAAACAGCAUCCAGGAAACCAGUCAGACCAGAAACAACAAUCAGACAUGAAGACAUCUUUAAAGCCUCACCUGGAAGAGAUGAACCAAUCAGAACAGUGAUGACAAAGGGAGUGGCUGGCAUUGGGAAAACAGUCUUAACACAGAAGUUCACUCUGGACUGGGCUGAAGACAAAGCCAACCAGGACAUACACUUCACAUUUCCAUUCACUUUCAGAGAGCUGAAUGUGCUGAAAGAGAAAAAGUACAGCUUGGUGGAACUUGUUCAUCAUUUCUUUACUGAAACCAAAGAAGCAGGAAUCUGCAGGUUUGAAGAGUUCCAGGUUGUGUUCAUCUUUGACGGUCUGGAUGAGUGUCGACUUCCUCUGGACUUCCACAACAAUGAGAUCCUGACUGAUGUUACAGAGUCCACCUCAGUGGAUGUGCUGCUGACAAACCUCAUUAGGGGGAAACUGCUUCCCUCUGCUCGCCUCUGGAUAACCACACGACCUGCAGCAGCCAAUCAGAUCCCUCCUGAGUGUGUCGGCAUGGUGACAGAGGUCAGAGGGUUCACUGACCCACAGAAGAAGAAGUACUUCAGGAAGAGAUUCAGAGAUGAGGAGCAGCAGGCCAGCACCAUCAUCUCCCACAUCGAGACAUCACGAAGCCUCCACAUCAUGUGCCACAUCCCAGUCUUCUGCUGGAUCACUGCUACAGUUCUGGAGGAUGUGUUAAAAAGCAGAGAGGGAGGAGAGCUUCCCAAGACCCUGACUAAGAUGUACAUCCAUUUCCUGGUGGUUCAGGCCAAACUGAAGAAAAUCAAGUAUGAUGGAGGAGCUGAGACAGAUCCACACUGGAGUCCAGAGAACAGGAAGAUGAUUGAGUCUCUGGGAAAACUGGCUUUUGAGCAGCUGCAGAAAGGCAACCUGAUCUUCUAUGAAUCCGACCUGACAGAGUGUGGCAUCGAUAUCAGAGCAGCCUCAGUGUACUCAGGAGUGUUCACACAGGUCUUUAAAGAGGAGAGAGGGCUGUACCAGGACAAGGUGUUCUGCUUCGUCCAUCUGAGUGUUCAGGAGUUUCUGGCUGCUCUUCAUGUCCAUCUGACAUUCAAGUCUGGAGUCAAUCUGCUGGCAGGAGAACAAAAACCAUCACAGAAGUCUGAAAGUAAACAAGAAUCUGCAGAGACCCGUUUCUACCAGAGUGCUGUGGACGAGGCCUUAAAGAGUCCAAAUGGACACCUGGACUUGUUCCUCCGCUUCCUCCUGGGUCUUUCACUGCAGACCAAUCAGACUCUCCUACGAGGUCUGCUGACAAAGACAGAAAGUAGCUCACAGACCAAUCAGGAAACAGUCGAGUACAUCAAGAAGAAAAUCAGUGAGAAUGUGUCUGCAGAGAGAACCAUCAAUCUGUUCCACUGUCUGAAUGAACUGAAUGAUUGUUCUCUAGUGGAGGAGAUCCAACAGUACCUGAGAUCAGGAAGUCUCUCCACAGAGAUACUGUCUCCUGCUCAGUGGUCAGCUCUGGUCUUCACCUUACUGUCAUCAGAAAAAGAUCUGGAUGUGUUUGACCUGAAGAAAUACUCUGCUUCAGAGGAGGCUCUUCUGAGGCUGCUGCCAGUGGUCAAAGUCUCCAACAAAGCUCUGCUAGGUGACUGUAACCUCUCAGAGAGAAGCUGUGCAGCUCUGUCCUCAGUUCUCAGCUCCCAGUCCUCUAGUCUGAGAGAUCUGGACCUGAGUAACAACAACCUGCAGGAUUCAGGAGUGAAGCAGCUUUCUGCUGGACUGGAAAGUCCACACUGUACACUGGAAACUCUCAGCCUGUCAGGAUGUCUGAUCACAGAGGAAGGCUGUGCUUCUCUGGCCUCAGCUCUGCACUCCAACCCCUCCCAUCUGAGAGAGCUGGACCUGAGCUACAAUCAUCCAGGAGACUCAGGAGAGAAGAUCCUGUCUGCUGGACUGGAGGAACCAAACUGGAGACUGGACACUCUCAGCCUGCAGCCUGCUGGAGUCCGAUGGUUGACACCAGGUCCGAGGAAGUAUUCCUGUGAACUCACACUGGAUCCAAACACAGUGAACAAAAACCUCAAACUGUCUGACAACAACAGGAAGGUGACAUUUGUGGAGGAGGAUCAGUCAUAUCCUGAUCAUCCAGACAGAUUUGACUCCUGGCCUCAGCUGCUGUGUAGAGAUAAACUGACUGGUCGCUGUUACUGGGAGGUCGAGUGGAGAGGCGGGGUUCAUAUAACAGUGACUUACAGAGGAAUCAGCAGAGGUGACAGUAAUGACGCCUGGUUUGGAGCCAAUGAUCAGUCCUGGAGUCUUAACUGCUGUGGUGGUGGUUACACUGUCGCUCACAAUAACAUAGGGACAUCCAUCCCCUCCUCCUCCUACUCUUCCUCCUCCUCCUCUGUCUCUAAGAGAGUAGCAGUGUAUGUGGACUGUCCUGCUGGCACUCUGUCCUUCUACAGAGUCUCCUCUGACUCACUGAUCCACCUCCACACCUUCAACACUACAUUCACUGAGCCUCUGUAUGCUGGGUUCGGGUUCUGGUCUUCAUGGUUUGAAUCCUCAGUGUCUCUGUGUUCUCUGGAGAUGGAGAAGCCUGUGGAGUUGGAGUUGCUUGAAAUAUUGGAGGAUUUGCCAAAAGAGCAACUGAAAUACUUCCAGUGGUUCCUGCAGAAGGAAGCGUUACUGGAUGGAUUUUCAGCUAUCAAAAAGAGACACAUGGAGGAUGCAGACAGGCUGACGACAGUGGAUCUGAUGGUGCAGAUGUACGGUGAAGGCACUCUAGAGGUGACAAGGAUCGUUUUAAAGAAGAUCAGCAGGAAUAAAGUUCGCCGUCAACUGUUGUUUCUUCUUUCAGAGACUCUUGUCAAAUAUCAACAAACAUUCAAAAUCAAACUGAAGAAAAGAUUUCAGAGAGUGUUUGAAGGAAUUCCAAAAGCAGGACAGUCGGUUCUUCUGAAUCAGAUCUACACACCGCUCUACAUCACAGAGGGAGGAUCUGCAGAAGUCAAUGAUGAACAUGAAGUCAGACAGAUUGAAACAGCAUCCAGGAAACCAGACAGACCAGAAACACCAAUCAGACAAGAAGACAUCUUUAAAGCCUCACCUGGAAGAGAUGAACCAAUCAGAACAGUGAUGACAAAGGGAGUGGCUGGCAUUGGGAAAACAGUCUUAACACAGAAGUUCAUUCUGGACUGGGCUGAAGACAAAGCCAACCAGGACAUACACUUCAUAUUUCCAUUCGCUUUCAGAGAGCUGAAUGUGCUGAAAGAGAAAAAGUACAGCUUGGUGGAACUUGUUCAUCACUUCUUUACUGAAACCAAAGAAGCAGGAAUCUGCAGGUUUGAAGAGUUCCAGGUUGUGUUCAUCUUUGACGGUCUGGAUGAGUGUCGACUUCCUCUGGACUUCCACAACACUGAGAUCCUGACUGAUGUUACAGAGUCCACCUCAGUGGAUGUGCUGCUGACAAACCUCAUCAGGGGGAAACUGCUUCCCUCUGCUCGCCUCUGGAUAACCACACGACCUGCAGCAGCCAAUCAGAUCCCUCCUCAGUGCAUUGGCAUGGUGACAGAGGUCAGAGGGUUCACUAACCCACAGAAGGAGGAGUACUUCAGGAGGAGAUUCGGAGAUGAGGAGCAGGCCAGAACCAUCAUCUCCCACCUCAAGACAUCACAAAGCCUCCACAUCAUGUGCCACAUCCCAGUCUUCUGCUGGAUCACUGCUACAGUUCUGCAGACCAUGAAGAGCGGUGAGAGUGAAAAGCUGCCAAAGACCCUGACGGAGAUGUACCUCCGCCUUGUGGUGGUUCAGUCCAAACUGAAGAACAUCAAGUAUGAUGGAGGAGCUGAGACAGGUCUAACAUUGAAUGAAGAAGACAAGAAGUUGAUUCUUGUUCUGGCAAAACUGGCUUUUGAGCAUCUUCAGAAAGGCAACCUGAUCUUCUAUGAAUCAGACCUGACAGAGUGUGGCAUCGAUAUCAGAGCAGCCUCAGUGUACUCAGGAGUGUUCACAGAGGUCUUUAAAGUGGAGGACUGUGGAAUGUUUGAAGAAAAGGUGUUCUGCUUCAUCCAUCUGAGCAUUCAAGAGUUUCUGGCUGCUCUUCAUGUCCAUCUGACAUUCAUCAAGUUUGGAGUCAAUCUGCUGACAGGAGAACAAACAUCAUGGUGGUCUGAAGUGUUCAUAGACAAAUCAACACGUUUCUACCAGAGUGCCGUGGACGAGGCCUUAAAGAGUCCAAAUGGACACCUGGACUUGUUCCUCCGCUUCCUCCUGGGUCUUUCACUGCAGACCAAUCAGACUCUCCUGCGGGGUCUGAUACAGACGGGAAGUAGCUCACAGACCAAUCAGAAAACAGUCGAGUACAUCAAGAAGAAGAUCGGUGAGAAUCUGUCUGCAGAGAGAAGCAUCAAUCUGUUCCACUGUCUGAAUGAACUGAAUGAUCGUUCACUAGUGGAGGAGAUCCAACAGUCCCUGAGAUCAGGAAGUCUCUCCAGAGAUAAACUGUCUCCUGCUCAGUGGUCAGCUCUGGUCUUCAUCUUACUGUCAUCAGAAAAAGAUCUGGACGUGUUUGACCUGAAGAAAUACUCUGCUUCAGAGGAGGCUCUUCUGAUGCUGCUGCCAGUGGUCAAAGUCUCCAACAAAGCUCUGCUGAGUGACUGUAACCUCUCAGAGAGAAGCUGUGCAGCUCUGUCCUCAGUUCUCAGCUCCCAGUCCUCUAGUCUGAGAGAGCUGGACCUGAGUAACAACAACCUGCAGGAUUCAGGAGUGAAGCAGCUUUCUGUUGGACUGGAGAGUCCACACUGUACACUGAAAACUCUAAGGUUGAGUUUGUGUAACCUCUCAAAGGGAAGCUGUGCAACUCUGUCCUCAGUUCUCAGCUCCCAGUCCUCUAGUCUGAGAGAUCUGGACCUGAGUAACAACAACCUGCAGGAUUCAGGAGUGAAGCAGCUUUCUGCUGGACUGGAGAAUCCACACUGUACACUGAAAUCUCUCAGCCUGUCAGGAUGUCUGAUCACAGAGGAAGGCUGUGCUUCUCUGGCCUCAGCUCUGCGCUCCAACCCCUCCCAUCUGAGAGAGCUGGACCUGAGCUACAAUCAUCCAGGAGACUCAGGAAAGAAGAUCCUGUCUGCUGGACUGGAGGAUCCACACUGGAGACUGGACACUCUCAGCCUGCAGCCUGCUGGAGUCCGAUGGUUGACACCAGGUCUGAGGAAGUAUUCCUGUGAACUCACACUGGAUCCAAACACAAUGAACAAUAAUCUCACACUGUCUGACAACAACAGGAAUGUGACACAUGUGUGGGAGGAUCAGUCAUAUCCUGAUCAUCCAGACAGAUUUGAGGACUGUCCUCAGCUGCUGUGUAGAGAUGAACUUACUGGUCGCUGUUACUGGGAGGUCGAAUGGAGAGGAAAUGUUUCUGUAUCAGUGAGUUACAGAGGAACCAGCAGGAGUGGAGACAGUGUUGACUGUGAGUUUGGAAAGAAUGAUCAGUCCUGGAGUCUUAACUGCUCAAACAAAAGUUACUCCGUCUGUCACAACGACACUGGAACAUCCAUACCCUCCUCCUCCUCCUCUUCCUCCUCCUCCUCCUCUGGCUCUAACAGAGUAGCAGUGUAUGUGGACUGUCCUGCUGGCACUCUGUCCUUCUACAGAGUCUCCUCUGACUCACUGAUCCACCUCCACACCUUCAACACCACAUUCACUGAACCUCUGUAUGCUGGGUUUGGAGUCUGGCCUGACUGGUCCAGUUCAGUGUCUCUGUGUUCCUAG